CAAGAAGCAGCCACAAGUAUGGUGCCAUUUGUCAUUCUAUGAUCAGGACCUGCUACUCCUCUCCACCGCAAACGCUCAUUCAUUGUUUAACAAACAGUAAUCACACUUGUUGGUAGGUGAAAUUGGAAGAACACAAACAUUAAGCAUCAUGCAUAUUCUGUUUGUGUGGUUCAGGUUGUAAUGAAUUUACCAUUACCAUUUACCACUGAGCGAAUCAUAGGCAUGGCUGUGGUACCUUUCCCAUACUCGGGAACCCCCACUCUUUCAUCUCUUCCACUAUCUCAACAAAAAGGGCUUAAAACCAAUCCAAACACGUCCUCACUAAUCCAAUGCUGCCACAGCCUAAAAAGUAGCAACGGGCAAGCGAGAUUUGAAGAGAAGUUGCAUCCUGAAACUGAAGCUGUCCCACCCAGGCCUCGAAGGAUAAUCCUGGUUAGGCACGGAGAGAGUGAAGGAAACGUGGAUGAGAGCGUGUACACCAGAAUACCUGAUCCCAAGAUACCCCUCACUGAAAAGGGCAAGCUCCAAUCACAAGAAUGUGGCCACAGAAUCAAGAAAAUGAUUCAGAAAGAUGCUCACCAACACUGGCAGGUUUACUUCUACGUAUCGCCCUAUAGAAGGACCCUUCAGACCUUGCAGAACCUCGCUCGUCCCUUCCAACGCUCCAGAAUCGCUGGAUUCAGAGAGGAGCCUCGUAUUCGGGAACAAGAUUUCGGAAACUUUCAAAACAGAGAAAAGAUGCGAGUGGAAAAGGCAUUACGUCAGCUUUAUGGUCGUUUCUUUUACCGAUUUCCAGAUGGAGAAUCGGCUGCUGAUGUAUAUGAUAGAAUCACAGGAUUCAGAGAAACGCUGAGAACAGAUAUUAAUAUUGGACGGUAUCAGCCACCUGGGGAUAAGAAAACAGAGAUGAACCUGGUGAUCGUGUCGCACGGUCUAACACUUAGAGUUUUUCUGAUGAGGUGGUACAAGUGGACGGUCCAACAGUUCGAGGGUCUCCACAACAUGGGCAACGGAAAUAUGCUUGUCAUGGAAAAGGGUUAUGGUGGAAGGUAUAGCUUGCUGAUGCAUCAUGAUGAAGAAGAGCUGAGACGGUUUGGAUUGACUGAUGAAAUGCUGAUUGAUCAGGAGUGGCAUAAAGUUGCGAAGCCUGCUGAUCUGAAUUACGAUUGUCCAAUGGUAAAUUCCUUCUUUCCUCACCUCCGCGAAGAAACAAGCAGGUGUGAACAGGGAGCGUGAUCAAGUUUAUAACAACUUCACAGUCUAUGCACAGGGUACAAAACAUAAUCUAAUAGCAGAAAAAAGUUGUACCCAUGAAAUUAAAAAUAAAUAAAUAAAGGAAGAAUUAGAGUAUGGAAUAUGAUGCUGAAUACAGAUUACAGUUCCCGUA